GAGAAAAAAAAAAUAUAAAACGCAGCUAUCGGGUCAUUGGGGGCAUCAUUGUACGGUUGGAGAUCGAAGCUCAAGCACCACCGACUUAAAGAUGAAUUUCUUUGGCGCCUUCAUUGCGAUCGCCAUCUGCGGGAUCUGUGGAUUAACCCAAGCGGAUAUAUCUCUAAAGCUCCGUCAACAACAACAACAACAACAGCAGCAACAGUCGCUGAUCCAGAAGGAGCAGUACUAUAAGACCGGUGGCUUCCAGGAGAGCAAUUACGGCAACUCCGGCUACCAGAUCUUCGAGGUCCACAACCCAGUUUCGGGUCCCGGCCAGGCCUACUUGCCGCCCUCUUCCCACCAAGAUCAUGACGAUGGUCUGUCCUUCUUGGGCUUUGCCGAUGCUCCAGCUCCCGUAGCUUCUCCUGCUCCAGUUCCGGCUCCUGCUCCGGCUCCGGCUCCUGUCCAGGCUGCCAUUCCAGUGCCCUUCCCCUCGAACUACCAGCAUGACUUCCAGCGCUCCAAGCCAGCUGCUGCGGUGGGUUUCAGUGGUCAGGCCUAUCUGCCACCCACUGCAGCUGCCCCAGUUGUCCAGCAGCAGGUGCAACAGGUGCAAGUGCAACAGCAGCAGCAGCAACAGGUGCAAGUGCAACAGCAACAGCAAUAUGCCCCUCAAAGCUACCAGGCACCCGGAUAUCUGCCACCCACCACCACCCACUCCCAGGAAGUCAGUCAGUCUGUGGCUCAGACAGUCUCCACUUACCAGGCUCCGGAUUACCUGCCGCCCACUGCCACACCCGUUCAGCAGCAGAAGGUCUUCCAGGCUCCCACUUACCUCCCACCAACUGGCAACUCUGGCAGCUCUCAAGUGGCAGUGACCACCGGAUCCUCCUCCAGCCAGGCUGAGUACCAGGCACCCGCCUAUCUGCCACCUCAGCAGCAGCAGCAGGUCCAGGUCCAACAGCAACAGGUGCAAGUGCAGCAGCAACAGGUGCAACAAGUGCAACAGCAACAGAUUGCUCAGACUUCUAGCCAGAGCUAUCAGGCUCCUGGAUAUCUGCCACCUGGCUAUGACUUCUCCAAUCCCGAUCCCCUGCCCGAGGCUCUGGGCCAGGCCUUUGGACACUCCGCCAGUGUUGCUCCAGCUCCAGUGCAGCAGGUUGCUCCAGUUCAGCAGAUUGCUCCUGUCCAGCAGGUUUCUCCUGUCCAGCAGGUUGCUACUGUCCAGACCACUGUCCAGAGUGUUGCUGGAGAGUACCGUGCUCCUGGCUACCUUCCUCCUGGCUACGAUGAGCCCAGAACUCUAUCCCAGCCUCAGCCACAGCCACAAGUGCAACAGAUCCAACAGCAACAGGUGCAACAAGUGCAGCAAGUGCAACAGGUGCAACAAGUGCAGCAACAGCAAGUCGUUGUUGCUCCCACACAGGCCACAGCGGCUCAUCCGGGUGCUCUUCCGGAUGGCUAUGACUUCGUGAAGCCCGAGAACUCCGAGGCAGCCAUUGCCGAGCUCCACAGUCUCCAGACUCAGACCAAGUUGCUCAAGGAGCAGCAGCAGAGGCAGUUGCAACUCCAGCAGCAGCAACAGCAACAGCAGCAGCAGCAACAAGUGGUUGUCCAGUCGCAGGUUCAGGUCUCCAGGCCUCAGCAGUCUGGGGACAUUAUCUAUGGUCGCCCCAAGCAGCAGCAGCAGCAGCAGGUCCAGAUCCAGCAACAGGUGCAGGUGCAACAUGUGCAGCAUCAGCAACAGGUGCAGCAUGUGCAACAUCAGCAACAGGUGCAACAUGUGCAGCAGCAACACUACACGGCUCCUGGCUAUUUGCCGCCCACGGCUGCUGCUCCAGUUCCAGCUCCUGUCUCCCUGCCAGCUCCUGCUCCUGUCCGGGUUUCCGUGCCAGCUCCUGCUCCAGUUCCAGUUGCAGCACCAGCUCCUGUCCCAGUCUCCAUUCCAGCUCCAGCUCCUGCUCCCAUUUCCCUGCCUGCCCCGGCACCUCUUCCCAUUCCAGCUCCCGCUCCCGCUCCAGUGCCAGCUCCUGCCCCUGCCCCUGCCCCUGCCCCUGCUCCUGUCCACGUCCAUGCCACAUCCAGCGCCUACCAGCAACAGCAGCAGCAAUACCGGGCCUCCGGCUAUCUGCCACCAGUGGCCAGUGCUCCAGUCGCCCUGCCUGCUCCCGCCCCCACCCAGGUGACCCACAUCCAUUCCCUGAGGAGCUACAUGAACACUGUCCAGCCCUUCGCCCGCUACGCCCAGCCAGUGCGCCAGCAGCGCCACCACAUCCACCACGUCCAGCACCAGCAGCAGCAGCAGCAACAGGUGAUCGAGGUGGCUCCCAUGUACCGGGAGCAGUCUAAGCGUCCCAGGUUCUAUGCUCCGGCCUAUGCCCGCCAGCAGGUCCAGCAAGUCCAGCAGGCCCAGCACCACCUGCACCACCACUACCACCGCGUGGUGCAGAGCCAGAAGCUCCAGCCCGUGCCAGUCUCCAUCCCGGCUCCCCAGACUCUCAGCCUGAAGGCCCAGCAGUCGCUCCAGAAGUUCAUGCCCAAGGACGUCCAGGUGGCGGUCAAUGUGGCCAUGGCGGCCACCGCUCCCCUGCCUGCUCCCGUCGCCCUGCGUGGCAGCUCCCGGGUGCGCACUGUCCAGAUCGUGAAGCCACAUGCCACGAGGACCUUCAAGGUCCUGGAGACCCUCGACCAGGCUGGUGUCAAGACCAUUAAGAUCCUGGGAGCCACCAACGAACAGCCCCAGGGCAGGCACCACGUCGUCAAGGUGGUCACCCAGAAUGCCCACAGCGGGGCAGAGACUCACGUCCAGACGGUGAAGAUCUUUGACGAUUUCGGAGCUCCAGUCGGUGCAGUGGCUACUCCAGUAGUGAGGCAGGUUCAGCAGGUCCAGCAGGUCCAGAACGGCUAUCUGCCCCCUGCCCGGCCAAGGACCCGGAUCGUCCGGCAGGCGUCCAAGCCCCUGCGCCUGCAUCCCGUCGCCAGCCUGCACUAGAGGAUCGAGGGGGUCAGAGGAUGUCACCUCCCAGCACUGAUUAGUUCUAAAAAUCACACAUCAUCAAGCGCUAACUAUUUUUUUUUCCUCCAAAUCCGAUCCUCCUCCGAUUUCCAACUAUUUUUCAACCAAAAGCUAUCAUUUCGCAUGCACUUCCACUUGGAGUUACGGAUGUAGGAGUUACGGAUCACCCAUUCCCGGAUUCAAAUCCGGAAUUGCAAUCAACUCGAAACGAAAUCAAAUCAUUUGCAUGCAAUAUUAACGAGCGACUCGAAUUUCUUACCUAAUAAAUAAAUAUAUAAUUACGUAAAA